UUGUUGUGGAGUAUGAGCAGGAACCAUAUAAACAAGAAAGUAUGCCUUAUUCAUUUUUAUGAUUUAUUAUUAUUAUGCUCAAACUUUCGUUCUUGUUUUGUGCCUCAACUGUGUGUGUGUGCAAAACACACCAAACAGGUAUUAAGGUUGAGCACACUCACUUGUUUUUGAUUACUUCUCUAUUCCUCCACACUCGUGUGGGUUCUUAUUGUCUUUCAUCAUUCCAUGAGUCUGACUCCCCCUUUAACCUUGAGAAGCCUAGAUUCAUAUGUUUACUUAAGAAAUAUGAACUGACUGAGAACAGCUUGAAAUGUUGAGUGAAAUAUCUAUUUCUUGUGCAGGGAUGACAACACGACUGUGGAAAUAUGUUUCAACGUUUUCCAAUUUGUCUGGAGAGAGACUUCAUCAGAUCUAUUCCAAACUCAAGCAGGAGCAGGGACUAACAGCAGGGGUGGGACCUUCCCACAUCAAUGGUUCUGCACCUGGGCAUCAAACAUCGAUAUUUCACAAAGGUUAUGAUACAGGAAAAUUUGAAGCAUGGAAACGAAGGAGAAGAGCUGAAGAAACUCAUUCCCAAGUCCAGAUUCCACAUCACAGGUCUUUGAGUAAUGAUACCCGUAUACCUGAGCCAAACUCUUUGGGUAUUCUUGGGGCAGGACCAUCUAAUGACAGACACUUUGAUAAUGGGAGGCCUUACCGAACGCAUCAGACUGGUUUACCCCCAAGACAAGGUUUUUCAUCGGGUGUUAAGUAAUUAUUCAAUGCCUGAUUGAGAACCAGCUUAUUGGAGAGGGAAGCCAGUUGGUUUUUUCCCAGUUGCUUUUGCU